AGUUGGUGGGUGGGCACUUAGGCCUCAAAGCGGAGCCUGAGGGUCGAGUGCGGCGAUGAGCUUCGCGAGGGCGGUGUGGCGGGGCUGCAGGUGGGGGCGAGUGCUGUUCUUGGCCCCUGUUGUACCAUCGAGCUCCAGUCUGUACAAGUUCAGCAGCACCCUCCUGUCACGGCCCAGUGGCCUCUUGACCCUGAGUCCAUCGGUGAGCCAGCUAGAGACUGGUGGCUUGAGCUCCCGGCUUUUCCCUUGGAGCAAGGGGCAGGUCCGGACGAAGAAACGUGGCACUGAGUACCAACCAAAGGUCAUCAAGAGGAUACGGACUCAUGGCUGGAAGAAGCGUAUCAGUACCCGGGGUGGCAUCGAGGUGAUACUGCGCAGGAUGCUCAAGGGACGGAAAUCAUUGACCUACUGAGUUCACCUGAUCUUUGGAGGCGUGUAUUGACUGGGAAUAGGCGAGCCACAGCACCAUUGCCACACUUUGAAUGCCAGUGUACAUAUUGUAUUAAACUCUUUUGGGCUUAUAGAA